UCAGAGCUGGCUCCCGUUUGGGAUAUGAGUGACUUUGGAUGGUGCCUAAAUUAGGCGUGCCAAUUUCCUCACCAGGGUGAGAAAAACAGGGGCUCCUAAAAAUCUACCCAAUAUCUUCAUUUCCUUGGGGAUUAAACCCAUGAUCUUCAGUUCCUCAGAGAAUUGAAAGUAGCAACGAGGAAUCCAGUAAUUCCUGUUAUCUGUAGGCUUUAUAAGGCAGUGGUGCCGGCGGAGGUGGCCAGGAUCCUGUACUCCAAACACUGCUGCCUUCUCCUGGAGCCCUGAAGCCAGAGCAGUGCUAGGAUGUCACAGAAGCUGGCCCCUCUGCUGCUUCUCCUCCUCUCUGUCCAGGGUGCCCUGGCCCUGAGGAUCUGUGCCUUCAAUGUGCGAUCCUUUGGGGAAAGCAAGAAGGAAGACCAGAAGGCCAUGGAUGUCAUUGUGAAGGUCAUCAAACGCUGUGACAUCAUCCUCCUGAUGGAAAUCAAGGACAGCAACAACAUGAUCUGCCCCAUGCUGAUGGAGAGGCUGAACGGAAAUUCAAGGAGAGGUAUAACAUACAACUAUGUUAUUAGCUCUCGGCUUGGAAGAAACACCUAUAAAGAACAAUACGCCUUUCUCUACAAGGAAAAACUGGUAUCUGUGAAGAAAAACUACCUCUACCAUGACUAUCAGAAUGGAGACACAGAUGUAUUUUCCAGAGAGCCCUUUGUGGUCUGGUUCCAGUCACCUCACACUGCUGUCAAAGACUUUGUGAUUGUCCCCUUGCACACCACCCCAGAGACAUCUGUUAAAGAGAUCGAUGAGCUGGCCGAUGUCUACCUGGAUGUGAAACGCCGUUGGAAGGCAGAGAAUUUCAUUUUCAUGGGUGACUUCAAUGCUGGCUGCAGCUAUGUCCCUAAGAAGGCUUGGAAGAGCAUCCGCUUGAGGACUGACCCCAGGUUCGUUUGGCUGAUUGGGGACCAAGAGGACACCACAGUCAAGAAGAGCACCAGCUGUGCAUAUGACAGGAUCGUACUUAGAGGGCAAGAGAUCAUCAGUUCUGUUGUUCCCCAGUCCAGCAACAUCUUUAACUUCCAGGAAGCUUACAAACUGACUGAAAAGGAGGCCCUGGACGUCAGCGACCACUUUCCAGUUGAAUUUAGACUACAGUCUUCAAGGGCCUUCACCAACAGCAAAAAAUCUAUUGCUCCAAGAAAGAAAACAAAGGCCAAACGCACCUAGAUACGAGGGUGCCAUUUGAUUAAACAGUUCUUGCCUCUAAAUAAAAUGGCUCUAACAG